UGUAAAUGUAGAUUCUACAAAAUAGCAAUAUCUGUGUUCUAGCCAAAACAGUUACCAACAGUACGCGUUAUUAUAUAGCCGUUGGAGCACAAGUGCAUAACGUUACAACACGAUACCAGUACGAUGUUAGUGGAUACCAAGCAACUAAUUCGCUUGAUUACAAUAUUCAGCUGUUAUUUCAUAUGCGAAACAACGGACCCAUUAAAAGGUUGCACUGAUGUUAUGUAUGUAACAAACGAAAUUAUAAACAACCUGAUACCAGCUGUGAGAGAUUUGAUUAUACAGAAAAGUAUUGAACAAUAUUCUUUCACGAUAAUGGUUAAUACUCUUUUACCACUAGAUUCAUCAGAGGUUGCCAGGCAAAAAUUAGAUUCUAUGGACAUAUCAGACAGAGAGGCGGUACUUCAAUAUAUCAUAAAGUCCAAUAUAGAAGACCAAAAUGAAAUUGUCAAUAUUGAUGAAACAGAAAUUGAAGAGUACGUGCAAAGUUAUGAUGGUGAAAGGGACAUACGCAUACAGAUAUUGUUGCCAUCAAUGAUGCGGGUACUUCACUACGCAUUUGGUUUGUUAGAAAUGUGUUACACCGACGGUGAUAAAAAAUGUGAAUUGAUGGCAUUGAUCAAAUCAUUUUCAAAUCCUCAAAAUAAAUAUACUAAAGCAAAAUGCGUAAGAGGCCAAUGUGUUAUUACUGAAAUUACUCCGGACGGAAAUACAUUGAUGUAUAACUACGUUGAUAAAAAAAAAUUUAAUUUAUACGCUGCUUGUUAUUUAGGCUCCACUUUCAUAGAUUACAUUUUAUGGAUGGGCAAAUAAAAUUGUUUAUUUUUUUAUACAUACUAUUAUACCUACUAUUAUAGAUGAUUUAUUUUAAAUGAUUUGCGAUAU